AUGGAGCCUCGGCAUCGCCAGAAUGCCCAGGUAUUUGCAGAGAUGGAAUUCAAGCAAUUUAUUCUUCUGCUCGGCCAGCUGCUGUUUUUUGCUUUUUUGAAUUUGGUAGAUUUCGUGACAGACAUUUUGGUUUUGCUGCAGCUCUCUUGCGUCACCGAGUCGAGCAUCAAGCAGGAGUGUGAGUACUCCAAUUUCACGUGUGACACUGGUGCAUUUUGCUCUUAUGCGACCGUGACUUACACAGCUGAUGAAAAUGACGACACCUGCGUGGUACACGCUGCGUGGUGUCUUUUGGGUUCAGUCAUACUCGUUUGCUCUUCGAUGGCCUCUGCAGUAGCUUACCGUGCCGCUUUACGGGCAGAGCCAACCCGAAAGUCACUUUGGUGUGGCUUCUUGGCCGCCUUUUUCCAGAUUGCACCAUUUUUGGACAUCAUAAACGUUCUUCGAGCAGCGGUUCAUGUGCAGACGUAUGGUCUUCGAGAAGAAGUGCAGAUAAGCUCUGGGGCUUGUCGUAGGGCUGGCGAUAGCCCGUCAGACCAUCAUGAACAGCGGGAGUAUGCCCAGGAUGGCCAGGAGGACCAGGCUGCCGAUGUUUCGUCGCCACUACAUGAGUUGAUGCUGUGCAAGGCCACUUUCUUUGUGUACUUGGCAUCUGACUUGGUCUUGCGAUGCGGGGCCUAUGCCAUGCUUAUGUCGCCGUUCGCCCGACACGUUGGAUUGGCCACCAUCCUCGGCUUUAGCCUGUGCCAAUCUGUGGCAGGAUACCACUCCGUGUGGUGGAAGCUUUUACGACCAAAGCUGUUCCGAUGUCUAAGAGGAUCGGAUGACGUGGACAGCAAUGGGACAAAAGUGUCGACAAACCUUGUAGUAUUUGCAUCUGGUCUCUUUUUGUCAUUCAUGAUAGGCUUCGCCUUCGGAUACUCGAUGGUCUUCAUACCUGGUGCUUUGGGGAUUUGGUUAUUUUUACUGACCCUCCCGACCAUAAUCCUGUCAGCAGUACCGGUCGUUGUGACGUUCGAGCGGCCGCGCCGAGACAAGGCAGGUUUCAUGGGCGUCCGUCUCCUUGAAUACCUUUGCUUCGGCAGCUUGACCGCACUGUUGCGAAGGAUCUUGUGCCAGUAUGGUAGGGAUUGA